AUGCCGACCACGACUACCUGUCGAGACUCCCAACACUUCCCUUGCUACAACCCUAAUACAACUAGCCGUCCUAUCCCACAUACUGGUCGCAUCCCCACUACUAUCCCAGGCCCCCAUAUCCUUCAAUUUCUCUUCCAUCUCCAGGGCACUAGCCGUGGUCAAACUCCCCCAUCUGAUGAUUCUUCUCCUAAUACUAAUUUGAGAUACCGUGUAGAAUGCCCUACAUUGCGCCAAAGGAUUGAUAUCCCCAAUCCACAAAAUCCUAGUUUAUGCAUUGCCUUGGAUUUCGUUCCAUUUAAUCACCCUGCUGUCAAGUUGCUUUCUGUUCAUGGAGAUGAUGAGUCAUCACUCGGCUAUGAAAUUCUCGCUCUUGGAGUUGGGAGUGAUCAAACUACUUAUUGCUGGCGAUCCGUUAAGGUACCACUACCUAACUUAUCUCAUGAAAAGAGGAAGAGCAUUCAGGUUUUCUUUAGAAUGGGAGUUGCUUAUUGCAUUUGGCAUGUUCAAAGGGAUGCUCAUGAUGAUCUUACUGAUAUACAAGUUGAUGUUUUGGAUAUGGUUAAUGAGACCUACAUUGGUCGUACUACUUUCCCUAGAGGUUUCUUCAGCAGCACUAAUCUCAUGGAUUGGAAUGGCCGGCUCUCAUUCGCUCAACUACUAAAAGAUGAGCUCCAUGUCUUGGUGUUAAACGAUUACAGAAAGUUGAAAUGGGAUGAAAGAACGCGGAUCAUCAAGCUGAAAUUCUUGCAACCGGAUGAUGGGGAGCAAUUGACAUUUAUCACUUUUGCUGACAAUUCUAUAUUGUUCUUCGUGAAUCAGAACAAGAAUUUAUUCUUUGCGUAUGACAUUAAUACGGGAAAGUUAAUUACUUGUACAUUGCCAAACUGCAUCGAGUCUUUUGAAGAGGUCGUUCAUAUAAUCACAGAGAUGAUGUUCUACAGGGGUGGGGGGUUUUACGAUUAUUAAGAAAAACUUUUAUUUUGAGAUUUUGCGCAAGUGUUAAAGUCUAAAGUUACAUUUUUCAUUGCUUCCUUCAAACCUUAUAUUAUCUUUGUACUCUUUACCAUUGUGAAUACAAACUCGUCGAUGUUUAUCUAUUAUAAUCUUGCAGUAAUUAAUUACCAAAAAAAAAAUAUAUAUAUAAUCUUGCAGUAAUUGAGUGAUUGAUUAUGUAAUUCAUACUUAAAUGGCUGAUGCCUUAGUAUAGUGGUGUAUCUCGGCUUGUCCUGUUUUUUGCAAGUUUAGUUAGAUACUCAGUUUUGCUGACAGUAACCUUAUAAAGUUUGGACUAGGUCCUACAAAGUAUCAAGUAAAAUGGAUAUUUGCUCUGUGGCUUUGAAAUCCACUGUCCAUUUGGGUAGGGUAAGCACUGGUUGCCUUAACAGUGGAGGGAAGAAGUUUUUGGGGGGAACAGAUCAGAGGGAGUUUGAAAAACAAUCUCAAGGUUAAUCAGUUGUCGAAAAGUUUGAAACUUGUGAAGGAGCGCAAGACCAAACCUAGGGUUGCUUUUUCUGUUAUCCCAGCAGAAAGUGACAAAGAGACUGGUAAAAAUCAAUUCUUUCCCUUCUUUAGGACAUCUCUGCGUCAACUAAUGCCACACUAGAGUUUUAGAUAUGGUGGGAAACAUGUUGAUUUGUGUGAUAUAAACUGUAUUGUGAAUGAAGGCGGAUCCAAAAUUUAAACAUGAUAGGUCCAGUAUUUAAGAUUUUUAACGUUGAAGUCACUCACGUGAAAUUAUGGGCUUUGAAGUUCUUGUACUAGUUUUUGCUAUAUAUAUUUUUCAUGUUGAGCCUACAAAAUUUAUCUCCAUCAGCCUCUGAUUGUGAUUGUUUGCUGGACCUACAUAGACAGUACAGGCGCCACGUUUUGAGAGACGACGGGUAAAUCACAAGGAUGUGGCUUCAGCCAUACUAGGAGGAGAUGCAGGGACUAAGUUAUUCCCACUUACAAGUAGACUUGCAAGUCCAGGGAGGAUUUUAGGUGCCAAAAAUGGGGCACGUGAACACAUGAUCUCUCCGUAAAAUUAGUGGUGAACUCAUGUUCCAGAAAUCCUAGAUUCGCCUUUGGCUGCAACCCUUGCUGUUCUGGUUGGGUUGGAGGAUGCUACAGGCUAAUAGACGUCCCAAUGAACAACUGCAUCAACAGUGGUAUUAGCAAGAUUUUUGUGCUGACACAGUACAAUUCUGCUCCCCUGAAUUGUGACAUUGCUCAAAUAUAUUGUUAAUGGUGUGAGCUUUGGAGAUGGAUUUGUUGAGGUUGGGGACAUAUGUUUGUUUUUUUAGGUUUGCUAGAUGUCACACCUCUGCUAAUUAACAUGUACUAGCUGCAACUCAGACACCUGCGGAAAAAGAUGGUUUCAAGGAAUUGCAGAUGCUGUUAGACAAUUUCUGUGUUUUUGAGGAUACCAAAAACAAAGUAUUAAUAAUAUCCUUUAUAUUAUCUGGGGAUCAUCUUUAUAGGAUGGAUUGUAUUGACUUAUUGCAGCCGAGCAUCAGAGUUUGGGAUGGUUGAAAUUGACAGCUGAGGCAGAGUUGUCCAGUUUGCUGAAAAAACAAAAGGUUUUGAUCUUAAAGCGAUGAAAGGCCAGACCUUACAAUGUUUUAGCUUACCUUCGGCAAUUGAAAGUGGUUACAAAGUUUGAUGAACCAGGCAGGGAAACGGGUAAGGCUUAUCAAACCAACUAGACUCUGACAAGUAAGCAUUCUUUUAUGGUUGAUGAUUUUUUUUUAUUAUUAUUUAUUUAUUUAUUUAAUAAAGGUGAUGUCCAUCUCGCUUAUAGAAUAAACCUGAAAGAGUUGUUUCAGAUCUGUUUUUUAUUUUAACAGCUGCAAUGCUGCAGUACACGUUUAUGCAAAGUUCGGUCACAUAGUCAAGACAGUCUAUUUUUGAGCCCUCCUGUCGUUUAACUUCAUAAAACAACGGAGAAGCAUAAAUGCAUCGUUGGUGAGAAAUUUCUCUGAUCUCUUAUCGCUACGGAAGGAAGAUGAGUCAAACCACAGAUUCCAACGAAGCUUCUAGCCUCCAUCUUUAGCAUAUUUCGGUACAAUUGCUUUUGAAAGUCUGAUGUUAUAAUUGAAUAACAUCAUAAUUAAGAAUCAAAAUUGAAAUAUAACUGAAAAACUAAAAUCACCAGUUUUCUUGAAAAUAUUGAACUCUUUCCUAUCUAACAAGUAUCAAUCAGAAAACUCUAUCCAUCAAAAACAUACAAAUUUCCAUACUUGUCCCUUGAUAAGAAUAAACGUCCAUUUACGGGUCCCAACCAAUGAUGAAUAAAAAACAUCAUAUUUGACUAACUCAUCAACUAAUUAAAAAAUCUUAAUGUGAUCGUACGUCCAUGCACUCCCUACGAAAUGUAAACUCUUUCGAUAGCCUUGAAUUUUUCUCUUCAAAUGUUUCAAUAAAAACGAAAAGUUGGAAGUAAUAUAAAUUUAGUAGAGAACUCAUAUAUAACAAAGCAACUAAACAUACCACAGAGACGUACGUGGUAACCUUCAAAAGAAACAAUGGCAUCGUCUAAGCCUACUGCCUACUCUCACAAAGCCAAAGCCCUUUAAAGUUUCUCUCAUAUUUCUCUCCAUAUAUAUUCCUCAUCUACCUAACUCUAACUUGCAAGUUAAGACCAAAACAUCGUGAUGUUGCAAUCUCCCGCCUAGAAAACCAAUUUAU